UUGUGAGUGGAAAAGGAAUCGUCAAAAUCUCUUUUCGUUUGCUCUGCAAAUGUUAAAGAAGAUUCUUGAGAAUUCGUGGAAGAAAAACAUCGAAAGUGUCACUAUCUCGGAGAUCAUCAGCGAAUCCAUUAAGAGAAUAAAUGAAAUUUCUUAAUUUCGAACUAAGGAAUCCAUAAUUAAUCUUGGUUCAAACAUUUGGAAUUUUGACCUCACGACCAAUACUUGACCAAAUAUGGCUCCAAAGUUUCCUAUAAUGGGUUUUCCUGAAAAUGGUUGGUCAUCCGAAGAAUCAGACCAGGAAUAUAAGUAUGAGAACCAGGACGAUACCAGUCUGACACAAAUGGCUUUCUGGUACAUGGUAGCCUUGAUCGCGAUGUUGCUCACUUGGUUCAUCAUGUACCUCUGCUUGAAGAUGGUGGCACUAAGACAAAAAACGCGGAAUCCGCAGCAGAGGCGAAUGUAUGUCGGGUCUCGAGCACGCCCAUCGGUGGGCCAAGCCGAGCCUUCGAUAUAUGUCAGUCCCUGCAACUUACCGCCUCCCCCCAAAUAUGAAUGCAUGGCACCGCCAAGCUACGAAGAGGUGGUAGGAGUGCACUACCCGACCUUCCAGCCUCAGCCGAUCACGCAGCCAAUCACAAACGCUCUUCAGAGCUCUCCAGAGCCAUCAGCACCAUCAGCGAACAACGACACAGUCACGAGGAUCAACGAGACCGUUCAGAGGAACACCGAUGAGACCGUCAUCACGGUCCCCGCGACCAGAACCGUCGCCGCGACCUCGUGAUACCACCACCGAUGUAUCAAGUCUUCCAGUUGAUCUGGCAGGUCAAGGCUAUGCAUUUAAAGUCUACUAGUCUGAAAGUUUUCGUGAUGUGAUAUGAAAUGAACUUGUGUGUGUUACCGAAUUAACGGGAAUGUUAGCUGACGUGUUCAGUAAUUUGUAAGUUGACUAAUACGUAAUUUGGUAUACGAUUUCCGUUUUGAAAAUUGGUCUCUGUGACUGGUGGUCCUAGCAUUUGAUUGCCAGUUUAAUGUUGAUACGGGACCAAAAUGUUUACUUUUAUAACGAUGUGAUUGUUUUAAGUAUUUUUUACCAAAUUUAUUCCGUCUUUGAGGACGCAAGACUGAGUGAGAUUUGGUAAAAGGAUCACGAAAAAUCAUUAUAAAACAUAUUCUUAUACUGUUUGAGUAACUUAGUGCUAUAAGUUGCUCCAACAGAAUUUGAUUUAUUAAAAUACUUGUUGUUGGCUCAAGUGUUUGCGCUGGCGCUAACGUUGGACAAAUGUUUGGUCACUGCAAUGUUUUAUGUAUAUAUUUUUGAUGUACCUAUUAAAGUUAUAUUUAACUAAUAAAUUUAAUUUAGUAUAAGUA